AUGCACAUGAUUGGCGUCUAUCUAAAUACUGUUAACUCGUUAUUGCCCCUCUUUCACCCCGACACUCUUCUACGACUUGUUGGCGAGACGUACGCUCUAGAACCAAAACAGCGCGACCCCGUCGUCUGGGCUGCGAUCAAUGUCGUGCUAGCCUUGGCACUGCAGCAGAUGCCUGAGAGCAAUUAUGCUGGGACUCCGUAUGGCACUACAGAAAGCUAUCUGAGCCACGCACAAUCGGUUCUGUGGGCCAUAACACUCAGUCAGACUCAGCUCAUCAACAUUCAGACGCUAAUUGGAAUGGCUAUGCUGCUGCAAACUGGGCACGACUCUACGCCGGCCUUGGUCUUGAUCUCAACAGCGAUGCGUCUCGUACACAAGAUCGGUCUACAUAACCGCGCAUAUUCUGCACAUCUUGAUCCCGUUGAAAGACAUCAGCAUGCUCGCGUCUUCUGGCUAGCAUACAUCGUUGAUAAGGAUCUUAGUCUCCGAGCCCAACAGCCGUCUAUCCAAAACGACGAGGACAUUGACCUUGACUUCCCGAUGUCAUUCGAUACUCUUGGUAGCGGUGACUCUGACGCUGGUGUAGUCACGAGUAUCGAUGGUAGCACAACUAUGGACUAUUUCCUCGCCCGAGUCCAGCUUGCCAGCAUUCAGGGUGACAUCUACGACCACCUCUAUUCAACUCGCGCCUGGAAACGGACACCCGAAGAACGAAGGUUGAAAAGAGAGAAUAUCGUGCUCGCACUGAACAACUGGAAAGCCUUGGUGCCAUCAGACUUUGGCGCUGCUGCCGUCGUUGCAACUACGAGUAACAACCCCACAAUCGGUGCCUUCUUCUGCAUUCUUCAUACAAAUAGUCUCCUAUCCUUGAUGUUAAUAACGAGGGCACAUGCUUGGGAUGAGCAAUGGGUCGGUGUUUUGCGUGAUCAUGGCAGAGGAGUGGGCACAUCACAACUACCAAGCGAUUGGAACUCAUUGGUAGGACAAGCACGAGAUUUCAUGAUCUUAUUCGAGUACGUUGUGCCAAGAUAUUGCUGGCUAAAAUGGGUCUCGACUUGUACCUACAUCUCUUCAAUGGUACUUCUGACUGCCAAUAACCUACAUGAUGUCCAGCACGCGGACUUUGAGCGGGACAGCAACCUUAUCGAGAGAGCUCUCGCAUGGUUUGGAGAAGUUGCGAAGGAGUUGCCCUCGCGGAAGACAGAAGUAUUAGAGAACAUAUGCGUUGAAGCAGUUGAGGCGAUGAAGACUAGGCGUGCUCAUGAGAUAGACGUGAAAUUCGGACGUGAUUGGCUCAUUGGGUUCCUUAACAGUUUGGAGCCUUCUUGA